CUAUAAUCAAUUACUUAUAUCUCCAAAAGUCAUUGUUAUUAAAAUAGUUUAUUUACUAAUACUAGAGCAUGAAAAAAUCGAUGUAUUUAUUUUAAAAAUAUGAUACGGAUUUUUAGUAAUUUGUUUUCACUUAAGAUUCUCUCGAACUUUAAUCAACAUUUAGAAGGCCGGAACAGGUCAAACGAAAAAGAUCGCAGAAAUGAAAUAAUUAGUUCAUUACAUCGAUGCCUAAUAGUAUACCUAAUUGAUUUGAGAUAAUUGGGCCUCUUGAUGUUGCUUUUAGAUUUUUUUUUGUGUGUUAAAUUAAUAUUGUGCUAAAUAAAUUUGUUUCCAAUAUGGCACUAAGUGGCUGUGAAAUGGGCAGUGAUAAUAGGCAUACAAGUUUAAUUGUUUUGAGACUUAGACAGUCGAUUAUAAGUCUUGGUCCUAUUUUGAUAACAAUAAGUCUUGGGUUGGCAGAAGGCUAUUCUGCAAUUCUACUACCCCAACUAGAGGAAGAUCCAGAUUGGAAUAUCGAUACUCAAUUAUCAUCAUGGAUUGCGUCGAUUGCUACAUUGCCAAUGCCAGUAGGCUGCCUUCUAGGAGGAUGGCUAUUGGAAAUUAUUGGUAGAAAGUGGUUGCAUAUCGCCACUUGCAUUCCAAAUCUUAUGGGAUGGCUGCUGAUUGCAUUUAGUGGACGAAGCAUUGCAAUGUUGCUAGCUGGCAGAUUUAUCACAGGUAUGUGCGUGGGUGUAUUAAGUCCAGUCCUCAGUAUUUACGUGGCUGAAACAUCGGAUCCAGUAUUUCGCGGAUUCCUUCUACCAAGCAUUUCUCUGGCACUUAAUUGCGGCAUAGCAACAGCACACGUGAUGGGAACUUUUCUGGAAUGGAAACUAGUGGCUCUACUGGCCUGCAUUUUUCCUGCCGCUUGUUUCGUUUUGAUGCUUUUCAUGCCAGAGUCGCCGACGUUUUUGAUUAAAAAAAAUAAAACUGAUGAUGCGAGGAAAGGAUUUCUAUGGUUUCGAGGUGAUUCAGAAGAAUCCACAGCCGAGUUUGGAGCUAUUGUCUCCAACCAAAAAAAAGAAGCAAGCCUACCCAAAAAGACUUUCAUCGAAUAUUUAGGAAUUUUUAAAAGUUCAACAUUCUAUAAACCCUUAUUGAUCCUUCUAGUUUUCUUUAGCGUGAUGCAAUGCUCUGGAAAUAAUCCUAUUGCAUUCUACACUAUCAAUAUCCUUAGAGAUGUACUUGGCAAUUCUUCUGUUGACGCCUAUACCUCUAUGCUAAUUAUGGAUGGAGUUAGAAUUGUUGCUUCAAUUUUGGGUUGUUUUGGACAGCAAUACCUACGCCGUAGAGUCUUGAUGAUGUUAAGCUGUUCAGGCACUUUAUGUUCGUUAUUCAUUUUAAGUAUUUAUUUAUUUAUAGCUCAUAAUUAUGAUUAUUUAUUUAAUAAUUUAGAUUUAUCUUCAAUAGCCGUUUUAGCCUUAGCAGGUUUUGUAUUAUUUACAAACAUAGGAUUAUUACCAUUACCUUACUCUAUGACCGGAGAGCUUUUCGCUUCCUCCUCGAGAGGCUUGGGGAGUGGCAUUGUAUCAUUUUUCAAUAUGGUAUUAAUGUUUAUUUUAGUUAAAAUCACUCCUUGGUUGUUUGAGGUAUUGGCAACAGAGGCCGUUUUUUUGGUAUUCGGCCUGUCAUGCCUAGUGGGACUGAUAGUUUUAAUUAUAAUUCUUCCAGAAACUAAGGACAAGCCUUUACAUGAAAUUGAAGAUUAUUUCAAUGGUAAAAAGAAUUAAAAAAAUGCUUUGAUAUUUCGUGAUUUUUUUCGGCGAUAAGCAAAAUGUUCUCAAGGAUCUCCUUGAUGGAAAAUGAUGUUUAGAAGAGAAAGAAUUAAACUUUCUCUUAGAUAAUAUUGGAACCCACAUUUUAUAUUUACUUUGGGCUUUGACCGACAGAAAAAAAAAUACAAAUAUUGCUUUCCACGGUUUAUUUUUAUAUUUUAUUCAACUGAACGUGUAUUCGGAAAGGCAUCUUGUGUGUUGGAAUUUUUAAUAUCGCGAGUUAUUUCUAUUGAAAUUUGCUGCUUUUCACAAAUGUGCUCUUUUUGAUAUUAGGGUAAUAGAAAUUGAGAACAUGUUUUACUUUUUAAAAAACAGUAGCCCGAUAUUGACUAAAUUGGUCUGACGUUAUUAUUAAUUCUAAACUAUGGAUAUUCCAUUACUUAUUAUAAGCAACAGGCUGGAAAUUAUAUAUUCGAAUAUAAUAUUAUAAGAAUAAAAAUUUUACCGACAAUAUGCUUCGAUUGUAAUGAGAGUUUGUUGCUGGGCAAUUUCGCGAAUAUCGUUUGCAACAAAACCACGAAACGAGGUUUUAUCAAAAAUGUUAUAAAGGAAAUUGGACAAGAAAUAUUUUGCCGAACAAAAAUUUUCUCCCAAUAGACUAGCAUUUGGUGUUCAUUUUAAGCAGAAUCAUAGACAUUGAAGAGAACAAUAUACUGCCAAAGGAGAAAUUUGGUUUCAGAAAGGUUGAAUCCAUUACCAACUAUACCACCAGACUAAAUAUUAAUACCAUGGAAGGAUUGAAUAUAAGUUGUUUGUCUGUGACUGAUAUCAUCCACUAUUGUGUGUCUUACGUUCAUAAUUUAUAUAAUUCUCUGGUCUCCUCCAAAAGUCCAUUUCAGUUGUUUCAGCAGUAGUUCUAGUGGCUCUAGUGAGAACAAUUUCAGUUCGAUUUUUGAAGCCACUAAGGUAUAACGGUGGAAUAAGAAAAAAUCGUAAAAUAAUAUUUUCUUGUCGUUCAGUAGAAAUUCGAUUCCUUAACGCGUUCGUGAUUUUUGGCAGCCGAAACAGAGUGCUAAAAAUUAAUUCUAGAAAUAUUUUCGGUCUCUGAACUAUUAUUUCCAAAAAUAGAAAAAAAUAAAACGACAUGAGAACUAAACUUUUACGAUUUACGACGAUCCAUAAAAAUUACUAAAUUAGAUAUGAACCACCCUUCAGUUUUGCCAUUAAUCCUAAUUUCGUUUUAAUAGUUCCCCUCGACCUUUUAACACACUUUAUUGACAAAUUCUCAUAUUUUUUUUUUGCGAGCUGGCCUUAUUGUCACGUUGAAAGUUGCCAGAGAGCCCGGCAAACUUUUUCAAUUAACUUCUGUUUUCGUGGUGUUCUUAUAAUUUCGUUAUUGUUCUGGCAGCAGGCGUUUCACGGCACUUUUAAUAGCUCCUCCAAAUUUCGCACGUUAAAAGUUAGAUUGCGAGAACAUGCAUCCAAAUGGGAGUUUUCGGUCAUUCUUUUCGGCUAAAUAUUAAUAUUUCUGUAAUUCUUUUCUUUCCAGAAACAUCGCGAAACUUGUAAAUUAAUUCAAAGUACUGCCAAUCUGCUUUUCGGCCAUCAUCAUCUUCAGUUCCGCCGCCUAUACGAUUACCGGGUAUUUCUGUUUUGAUUUUUUUAUUUCGAAUGGGUGAAACUGCAGAAGCCAAUAUUAUUUCGGAAAUUUCAGAAUACAUUUUGAACUUAUUAUACGAAAUUAUUAUGCCCGUUACGUUUAGGAGAAAAAUUCGGAAAAUUUGGGAUUCAGUACUGGCCAAUAGUCAAAACAAAUGAAUCGAAAUUAGACAUUCCAUAUCUGAUAUAAAAUUUCGAUUAUUGUUUACACAGAUAAUUAUCGACCGAUAAGCAAUUUAUCCGAAAACACAUUUCGAUAUUCAGAUUUAAUCAAUCGUACAUCGUUUGCUAGCAGAUAGACUUGCAAUCCAAUCAGCGGCACAGCUUCCACCGUUCCCACCUUUGAUUCCAAUUUGUUUUGCAAACUAUGCAUUUUGACGGGAAAUAGCCAAUAUUUGCCCUAAAAGGUUCUGAUGAAUAACUGGGACGAUAAAAAAAUCGGGUAAAGUUAGAUAUUUGUUGCUAGUUUCAAAGCAAAUCACCAUAAUAUAUGGUUAAUAAUCCAACACAGGUUUUACCCGACCAAAUAACAAAGACUGCGUGAGUUAUGAAAUUGAAAUUACAUAGUCUCAGUUGAAUGAGAGCACAAAAAAAACAAUAUCUGCAAGACAAUAUCUGGAAGUGAGGUUGGGCAAAUAACAAUAUAGUUCAAGCACUGGCAAGACAGUGAGGUAGACUGCCAGAGAGAUAGAAAAAAAAAUCACACAUAAGCGCGGAAACGUGUAAAAUGUGUUCUCACGGUAGUCUGAUAAGAUGCUCCAACAAGAAAUAACUUUUUACGUCCAUCAUAAAACCUGAAUAAUACAAAAGUGAAUUUGUAGUUGUAAUAUUCUUUUAUGUCCCACGCUUCCAUCCCCCGUGUACGGAAGAUUUAAUCAUUUAAAAAAUGAAAUGACAAAUUUUUCAGGCUGUGUUGAUUUCGCAACCACCACAAUCUCCAUAAAAUUUUACGCCUGGAACCUGGUGCUUGGUGUUAUAUUCUGCUUAAUAUUUAUUACCAGUUUGAGUUACGCUUGGAUUCCAAAUGAAAACAUUAAAAUACCAUACAAUAGAUAGAUAGAAUAAAAUCUCUAUCAUUUAAACUAUCCUUUUUCCUUUUAUCUCUUUUAGUCGUGAAAGCACUUAUAAAUCCCUUUUGCCCUUCCUAUAUUAAUAACAAAAAAUUAAAACAGCGGGCGCAACUUCUAACUAAAAAACAUUCAUUAAAGUAAUAAACUCUAGAGAACCUCAGCGGAUACUUCGCAUUUUGCUAAUGGAUCUUGCCAUUUGCAGAUUUAAGUUUUAAACGGGGCGUUUGAAAUUUUCUUUUGUAUCAUUACGUUCGGACAAGAUUUUAUUCUUUUGAAAACCGAGUGCUUAUCCUAAGAGCAGUUGAGUCUCUCGAAAUAAAUAAACAUUAAAAACAGACUAGUAAUCCACAGAUGCAGUCUAUAGUAUAAUGUACUUUUACAUUUAGUUCAAACUCACCAAGUUGAUUAGUGUUUUAAAUAAAUAUUUGAAAUGCUACAAUUCCUUGGACGUACAAUUUUAAUUAUGUUUCCACUAAGAGCAGCGGUAAAAAUAAUUACUUCUAGGAGAAUUUGCUGGAAAAUACAUGGCAGCAGAUUAGACAGCGACCCAAAACUACGAGCGUGAAUUAGGAAAAGACAAAAGAUUACUCCUCAAAUUUUCAUAUUUAUACUCCGGCUCUAGAAGUGCUUAUUUUUGACAUUCAACCAUUGGGAAAAUACAAAUCACAUUACAUUUACUUUCUAAUUAAGUACAACAUCUGAUCAAAAAUAAAACAUAAAACAAAUGAAAUUGAUUGUAUUUUUGUUCUGCCACAGAAAACAUUGAAUGUAACUCUGCUCCUAGCGAAUGCAAAUUUCACUGUCAAGAAUUUGUAGACAGACAUACAAGUAUUUUCGUGCCAGAUGUUGAAAGCUUAACAGGGUAUGUAAACUCGACGAACCCGCUGAGAGGUCUGGUAAUUGAAAAUCCUAGUCUGGGAUGAAUAAUCCACUUUUGUCGAUUUCACGAUAAAUUUUACGUAAAUCGGUGAUUUGUAAGAUACGGAUUUGUAGUUUGGAGUAUUAUAUUUUAAAAUUUUGAAAUAAUUAUUUUUUAUUGUUGACCGAGACUUUCAAUCAGAAGUUCUGUUAUUUGAAAAGGAAUCGCCGGAGCAUAUUCAUAACUCCAGAAACACCAAAUGACCAUAGAACAAUCACCAAAUAUCUGCAAUUAAUUUCUCGUGUUGAAUAAGUUCCACUAUCCUCUGUAAACUAUCAGGUAGUAGUUUAGUGCCAAACAGUUGCACCAAGUCGGUUUCUUUUAGAUAGUUUCACUGAAAAAUGGUAUAUGGAUACUCCAAAUGAGGGCAGCAUACUUGAUAAAAAACCUGAAAAUUAUUGUCUUGGUAAUCUGGUUCUUUUUUCCGCUGUGGCUCCUACACUGUAACGCUCUUUUGUCGAAACAAAAGAAUGCUCAUAAUUGUACUCGACUAUGCUCAGUGGUUCUUUAGCUUAGGGUGGUCCUUGGUGUUGGUACAGUAAAGAAAGGGCGCCACUAGUUUGUAUAAAAUUAUUUUGAUUAUCAAAGAAUAGCCAAACUAGACACUAUUCAAAUAAUUAGCUAUUAUUUAAAAAGAUAAAUUCAAAAAUCUGAAAAGGUAAAAUAAAUCCAAUACCUAUCUAACAUUUAACCCCUUCAAUAAAAACACAAGUUUUGGAAUUCUAAAAACAAUAAUUUAUUGACCAGAUGGCGAACUUGUUCAUUACCAUUGAAACAAAUAAAUUAUUUGAAGGUGAUUAUUGUCAGUAUUCAUUUUUUAAAAAAAAUAAGCAGCUUUCCGAAAGCAAUUUAUUUAGGUAUACAAAAAUAUUGAAAUUCAAAACAAUUAAGUAGAUACCUACGAUGAGACUUACCUAAGUGUAAAUGUCAAAAUAAUAUUAAUCAUUAAUUUUUGACUCAAAGUCAAUCAAAACAAUAAAAAACAAAUUAAUCAAUGCGGAAAGGUAAUAAAUAAUCCCUAGGCAGUUAUAAAUAUCAAAAACCUGCUAGGUGAAAUCAAGGGGUCGCGGUUUCCGGAAGAGCUCUACCUUCUUACCUUUAAAAUUCAAAAUAGGUAACCAUAAAACUGAAAUUGGACUACCUAAAGAUUUUACAUUAGUUUACCUUGUAAAACUACCACAUUAUUGAUUUGAAAUUAAAAGUUAAAUAAACCUUUUAAAGGUUAAUGAAUUCACAAUAAUAUUAUAUCGA